GCCUUUUCGCCUGACUUGAUCGGCGCCCUCUCCUCUCUCUCCCCCUGUCGCUUGUCAUCUUUCCAUUUCUCGGGAGGAUUCCUCCCCUCCCCUUCCCAGAAACUUUGGUCCUCCUCUCUUCAAAAAAAAUAAAAAUAAAAAUAAAAACCGAAAAUAAAUUGCAAAACUUAUCAAUAUUAUCCUUUUUUCCAUAAUCCAUUCCGGCAGCAAUCAGAUUGAAGAUGAGAGCCGCCGUGCGUUACCUCCGAUCACCUCUCCGGCAGCAAAGACGUAAUUAUUCCAGUAGUUUGGUGAAAAGCCGGACUUCUUGUUUAGAUCGCGGUCCAUGUUCUGCUUAUGACGCCGAACUCAGUAGAAUUCUACGCCCUGCAUUCAUCAUAUCCAGAGCUUUGUCAACCGGUGCCGCUAAAGUCGCCGAUGGAGAGGUGAAGACAGCAGGGCCGCUUGUUGAGUAUGAAAGAAGGAUCUUUGCCGGUGAACUUGUUGAUGGUGAUGCCUGCCAGGUAGGUACUUUAAGAGAACUGCAGAGGCUUUAUGAUGAGCUUGUAGAGUCAGCUGAUGCCUGCCAUUUGGAUCGCUAUGCAGCUCCUGAGAAAACAGUGAGGAGUGGCUGGUUUUGGUAUCGUCUAUUACCACAGUCUUCAUACUCCCCUGUCAGAGGACUAUAUCUUUAUGGAGGAGUAGGCACUGGAAAAACGAUGUUGAUGGACCUGUUUUUUGCUCAAUUGCCCAGCAAUUGGAGGAAAAGAAGGAUUCAUUUUCAUGACUUCAUGUUGAAUGUCCACAGCCGCUUGCAGAAGCACAAGGGUGUGUCAGACCCACUUGAAGUUGUUGCAGGGGAGAUAUCUGAUGAGGCAAUUUUGCUAUGUCUAGAUGAAUUUAUGGUGACUGAUGUUGCCGAUGCAUUGAUAUUGAAUCGUCUAUUUAGACAUCUAUUCAGCAAUGGCGUUAUUCUUGUUUCAACUUCAAAUCGUGCUCCAGACAAUCUCUAUGAGGGUGGGCUACAGAGGGAUCUUUUUCUACCCUUCAUUGCCACUUUGAAGGAAAGAUGUGUUGUUCAUGAAAUUGGUUCAGCAGUAGAUUAUCGUAAGCUGACUUCGGGUGAGCAAGGCUUCUACUUCAUUGGCAAAGAUUUAUCUGGUCUUCUCAAGCAGAAAUUUCAGAAACUGAUAGCUGAACAAGAGGCUGGGCCACAGGAGGUGGAACUAGUCAUGGGAAGGACAUUGAAGGUUCCAAUGGGUGCCAAUGGAUGCGCUUUUUUUUCUUUUGAGGAUCUUUGUGACAAACCACUUGGAGCUGCAGACUAUUUCGGAUUGUUUAAGAGCUUUCAUACACUUGCAUUGGAAGGCAUCCCAAAACUUGGGCUUCAGAAUAGAACAGCAGCAUAUCGGUUUGUCACUUUAGUUGAUGUGAUGUAUGAGAAUAGGGCAAGACUGUUAUGCUCGGCUGAGGGUAGUCCCCAAGAACUUUUCGAUAAUAUUGUAACAAUCUCAGAUGCAAAGCAAAUGGCACCUAGAACCUCUUCAAGAUCAAGGAGAAGUGAUGAUUCAGAUCUUUGUGUGGAUAAUGAAUUGGGAUUUGCAAAAGAUCGUACCAUUAGUAGAUUAACAGAGAUGAACAGCAAAGAAUACCUUGAGCAGCACGCAGAAGAAAGGCAGCUCUCGCAAGAAGUUGCAAAUGGAGAUGCGGUCCUAGCGUGAUGCAUAAAAUAGAAGUGUCUUGUAUACUAACCAGGGGUUGUUGUCACCAAUAAAAUUACAUGAUCAUAAAAGUCACAAUCCACAAAGUUCAGUCAGUUGAUCCAAACCAUUUUUGGUUCGAUAAAUAUGGAAUCUGAUAUUUGUUCAUAUGAAUAAAAAAAAAAGUGAAUC